AUGACAGGAUACACAAUUAUCAGAUACCAUCUGAUGAUUGCUAUGCUCAUUUGGAGGUACAGUUCAGAUUCUAUCUCGUCGAAGGUUGAAGGUGUACUUGGCCGGACUUACCAACCGGAGUUCAAGAAUCCAGCAAAGCCAGGUGUCGCGAUGCCGGUAGUGGGAGGGGAAGACAAGUACAGAACCACUUCUCUUCUGUCUGCAGAUUGUAGUUCUUGUGUCUUCUCUCCAAACGAAGAAAUGAAUCGAGAGGAGUCAGUAGUGAUAAACUAUGGCUCCUUGGACUGUACUGGUGGAGCCAGCAGUGGGAAUGGAAUU